AUGGAACAAUCUCUAGAGAGAGCGUUGGAUCUUGCAGAAUCUGUCAUUGCAAGUGCCCAACAAAGACCUCCGAAAAGGAAAAACUCAUCAAGUGGGGAGAUGUCUCUCUAUGAAAAACUUUACGACAUUUAUGUAGAAGAAAGUGAAAAAGAGCCUGAGGUUGCAGAGGAAUUAAGAAGCAACGUGAACCUAUUAGAGAAGCUCCUUAGGAGAGAAUCGUUGCCCUGUUUGGUGGUCAACCUAUAUCCUGGAAAGCAGGGCUAUUCGCUCAUGCUCAAGGGGGAAAAUGGAUCAUUUAUAGAGAGCAUUCGACUGCAUUAUGAAGAAAGGGAAUUGCUAGAAUACUUAGAUGCUCAAGAAUUACCUCCUGUUAUGAUGGAUAUCCUGGAGAAGUCUCCGGUUAAUGUCUUUCAUCAGGGGUGUGUCAUAACGGAAAUACGGGACUACAGGCAGUCCAGUGAAGGGGAGCCUCCGAGUUACCAAAGCAGACAUAUUCUCUUACAUCCUACCAUGCAGACAUUAGCCUGCGAUGUAGAGGCCAUAGCCCGUGACAACCAGAACUGGACUGAGGAGGACAAACUUUUGCUUGAGAGCCAACUGAUCUUAGCUACAGCCGAACCACUGUGUUUAGACCCUUCUGUAUCAGUAGCUUGCACUGAAAACAGACUGCUCUAUAACAGACAAAAAAUGAACACUCUUCCCAUGAAAAGGAAUUUGAAGAGAUUUUCUACAGCCUCUCUGAAUCGGCAGCAGGACUUGUCUCCCUGUACACUUCCUCCUGAGCUAACAGCCCUGACUUCUUUCACAAAAAGACAAGAAACUAAAAAAGAUGAGCAGUGUGACCUCAAAACUUUGAAAGCAGACAAGUGUGUAGAUAUGUGGAAACAGACACCCUGUGAUUUGUCUGUGCCUUCUGAAGUGGAUGUGGAGAAAUAUACUAUGCCUUUCAAAAGUGAUGACUUAGAACCAACAGUCUGGCCAACUUAUGAGGUAGGAGAAGAUUCUAUAUUUGGAUAUGAAGAUAGCAGUCAUUCCCAGGCAACAAAGCAGAUGCUCAUGCAUCCGCUUAAUGAUCCUCUUAUCUCUGGAAAAGAAAGUUCCCGUGAAAAAAAAAGAAAAGUCAGCUAUGAGAGACAGAUGUCUCCCCACCAUUCCUUCACAGAUGACCAUCCCAGUAGUUUCCUGUCCAGGCCAGAGACUGAUGAUGUGAGGAUGAUCAGUCCAUCUGAGGAAUCAUCCCAGAAUAGUGCCCAAUGUCCAGUGCAGAUGUCACACAGCUCUGGUGACUUGGCUGAUCUCAGGCAACCUUUUCCAGGGAAAGAGCCAGAACAGCCUAAGAACGGGUCGGUUCAGUCUUCAGUGCUGGGCAAGGGAGCCAAACAUCCUCCUUCACCCAUCAGACUUCCCUUGAACCCAGGAGAGAGCUCCUGGGGUGACAGUUUCACUUCACAGCAGGCAAGCAGCUCUCAUAAAUUUCCAUCUCCUGCUUCUGCUCCUAAGCUACCAAGUCUUUCCCAGAAAUCAUCUAUGGAGGUGAGUCAAGUUAGCUCACUUCCUGCCAUGGCCCUGUCCACUGUGGGCUCAUCACAAAGGACUGAAGCUUCAGCCACAUCCUUUGGUCUGAAUAUCACCAAAGAGGUACACCCUGGUGGAGGAGGCCAGGCCUUAGGAAGUGGCUCUAAGCCAGUGCAGGACUCUACUACACUUAGCCUCCUGCCCACUGGAAUUAAUCUGGCUGGCCUCCUUCCCACAGGGAUCAAACCAGACACCCUGCCCACAGGGAUCAAGCCAGACACCCAGCCCACAGGCAUCCAGCCCAUUUCUUCUCAAGGUGUUCAACUUGUUAAAAAUACUCCCAGUCUCAUGCCCUUCACUCUACUCCAGCUUCCACCAGGCUCGCUCAUUUUGAACACCCAGCAGCAGGCCCAGGAGCAGCUGCAGCAGCCGACGCAGCAGUGGCUCUACCAGCUGAUGCCACAGACACGACUUCAACAGCCCACAACUUCACAUCCUCCACAGUCAGUGCCACAGGAUCCUAUAGAAGGUUCAGUCAGUCAAAUGGCCUUAUCUGCUCAGCAAGCCAUGGUCAUUAACCUCAACGAAGUGGAGAGUUUUCUGCAGCCCCAGGCAGUUGUGUUGUCUCAGGCGGGCUCUGUCCAGAGCGGCCCCUGGCCAAGCCUCCCUCAGCACAGAGUUCAGCUCGCCUCCCCCUUGCAGCUGCACCCACAGCCUCAGCCAGUACAGUUCAGAAUCUUGCAGCACCCAGUGGCAACAGUAGUGGCCCCAGCAGCUCAGCCACAGCCACCUGGUGAGCAGGCAGCAAGCCAGUCUAAAGGGAAAAAGGAGAACACACCAGCCCCUCCAAAAUCCUGA